AUGCGCUUUCCAUCUGUCCCUCACAUUGUCCGCAGACUCUACACGCUCGGCAACGCAACCGCUUUCCGAUUCCAACAACCACUGCGGGGUAAUCGCAUUUCCCAGAUCCAUCGCGCGACCGUCCCAAAGUCCAUGUCCUCGAUCCCUUUCCUGAGCGCUCUGUUCGGAACCUCGACUCCAGCUUCAGCAAAGAUGACCUACCCGGACACACGAUCAGAUGAUGAGUGGAGGGCCGUGCUGAACAAAGAACAAUUCCGCAUCCUGCGCGAAAAAGGAACCGAAGCCCCUUUCACGGGCGAGUAUGACAAGCACAUGCCCGACCACGGCGUCUACACCUGCGCCGCCUGCAACGCCCCUCUCUACAAAGCAGACCACAAGUUCAAGUCCGGGUGCGGCUGGCCCGCGUACUUCGACAGCAUCCCGGGUGCCGUAACCCGCCACACGGAUACCAGUUUCGGCAUGCAACGGACAGAGAUCGUCUGCUCGAACUGUGGUGGGCACCUGGGACAUGUGUUCAAGGGAGAGGGCUAUCCGACGCCGACAGACGAGAGACAUUGUGUGAAUAGUAUCAGUCUGAAGUUUCACGAUAAGGAGGGUGAUGCACAAGCGGGGAACGAAGGGAAUGGGGAGGCGAAAUAG